CAAGUCAACGUCAAAAACAGGAAGUGGUUUCCGCACAUACUUAUGUUAAAGUGAGUGAGUUUUGCCGCUUGUUUCGCUGUAGUAACAUACGACUGUUUUGACUGUUAUUAAAGGUGGUUAAAAUUKGUCUUAUUGAAAGGCUAAAUCAAUUAUUCGUCCAAGCCUCCUGUUUAAAACAUGCAGACGGAGAAAGUAGAAGAAGAGGAGGAUGCUCCUGAAGAGUAUGUUGCCCUGUGUGAUUUCACUGCAAGCGGCUCUGAGCAGUUGAGUUUCACCACAGGAGACAAGCUGCUUGUGCACAACAAGUCUUCAGCAGAUUGGUGGUGGGCAGAACUGCAGGGGGUGAUCGGUUAUGUUCCUGCCAGCUAUCUGCGCCUGGAUGGUGCUGAGGAGGGGGACGACACCUCCUUCGAGGACCCCUGGCAGGAUGACGAAUACUUCGGCAGCUACGGGACACUGAAGCUUCACCUGGAGAUGCUGUCGGACCGGAGCCGCACCGAGACGUACCGACAGGUUAUUGUCAGCAACAGCRCUUCACUUAGGGACAAGGUGGUGAUGGACCUCGGCUGUGGGACCGGCAUUAUCAGCAUGUUCUGUGCUCAGUUGGCAAARCCUUCUAUGGUGUAUGCUGUAGAGGCGAGCUCCAUGGCGGAGCACACCAGACAGCUGGUGAAGCAGAACGGCUGUGAGGAGGUGGUCACUGUGCUGCAGGGGCGAGCAGAGGAGCUUGAGCUGCCAGAGCAGGUGGACAUCCUGGUGUCUGAGUGGAUGGGCAACUGUCUGCUGUUUGAGUUUAUGGUGGAGUCGGUCCUCUUGGCCAGGGAUCGUUGGCUCCGGGACGGUGGUGUGAUGUGGCCCUCCUCAGCAGCUUUAGCUCUGGUUCCAUGUCAGGCCGACAGCUACUACACAGAGACAAUGGCCUUCUGGGAGCGACCUUAUGGCCUGGACUUCACGCCACUACAAAGCCUGGAGAUGGGAGGAGCAACAGUGGAGCUCAACACUGGACCAAACUCAGACCUCCAUGUGGGUUUAAUAAGUUUCUGCUGGACAACUGUCAAUCCAACCCAUUGGAAGCAGACUUUGUUCAUGCUGGACAGGCCGAUCCAUGUGUACGCCGGAGACUCCAUCAAUGGAAACAUUGUCCUGCGCAGAAACCCUGUGUGGAGACGCCACAUGACCGUUACGCUGCACUGGAACAUCAACAGCAACACGGACGACUGCCAGGUUGGGACAAAAAGUUUCCCCAUGUGGAGGUGACUGGUUUGUGGCAAAUCAACAGUAAACCAGUCAAAUAUGUCCACUCUUUGCCCAUGAGCUGCUGCUGGCCAGUGAUCAGAAGCGGUUACUGAAAACGUGACACCCAGAGCGCUACCURGCAGGACAUUUGAGUCUUUAGUGAUGCAUCUGAUCGCUACAGGAACAGGUGAUCACACAACGGGUCAUUCUUUAAGAGCAGCAUGUGGCUGAAAAGAAGAAACUACUGAGGAGUCACUGAUGGAGGAAAAUAGGGGUCAUUGAAGGAGUAGCAAGAUACUCUUUCAGGUACAACAGAAAAAGAAUGUUUUAAUCUUUAUUACACUCCAGUCUUUACAAUGUUUUUUUUUUUUAUAAAAAAGCUUAAUUUACAUUUUCACUUAUUUAACUGAUAUUCAAUUAUUUAAACACCUAAACAUAAGAGAAUUUUUUGAUUUUUACCUUUCAUGUUAAAGUAAGCAAUACAUUAAGAAUUGCUGGAUUACCAGUAACAAGCUAAAGUAAUCAUUUAAAAAGUCAAAACUGCUAAAACACUCCUGUUGAGGUGCACUACUAAACUGCUGGGUAAAACUUGCCUUCUAAACUUAGACAAUAUUUGCAUAAAACACAAGUCAGGGUGUGGCAGCUAAACCCAGCAACCUUAUAAACGCAAAACYGUUAUAAAAAUACAGUUUGUAAACUAUGACGGAGAGAAAGUCUAUUUAAUCAUUAUAUAUUACUUUUGUUACUCCACAAAGAAUGUCAAAAAAGUCCAAUGACCCACCAUUGCAUUUAGUUGGUGAGAAUUAUAAAGAUUGUGCAUUUCCACUGUAGGAACCAUUUUACAGGAACUAGGGUAGUAUUCAGAUUUGUCACUGCAGUUAAUGCAGGAUUUAUUUUUUAGUUACUGCAUAGUUUAUACCUUAUGGUAAUUUUAAAACAUAAAAAAGCAGUAAUUGGCAUUUUUGUCAACACAACAUUUAAAUCCAGCCACACGUGUUGAAUAUCAGUGUUCUACACUGUAGUUGAUUUUAAUUAAUACAUUAAAUCUCGUAACCUUAAUSAAAAUCAGUAAACAAUAAGKAGGUAAUGCUGUCAAAGCUAUUUUGUUAUGGGUUUAAUCCAUUUUAUGUGUUUAAGUUUCAGGAUUCAAACCGAAAAGAUCGCCACCUCAAGAGUCUAUCAUUAAAUGUAAGCCUCAAUGAAACAGAUGCAGAUCCUUUGAGACUCAUAGUGCUACUUUGUUAUAAAUCUAACCCAUCUACAAUGGGUUAGAUUUAAUCUUUCAUCUGCUGUGUCACAUAUCUGAGUAAAAAUUGCACAAUGAGUUUGGCUCUAGAUCACAAGGUUGUAAUCUUGAGCUUUUCCCACCUUUCCUGUUGCUCUAAAAAAGCUUGUAUAUAGAAAAGUCUGAUAGAGAAAUUCAAUUAAGCUUGCCACAGUUAAUUCUUUUUUUCUUAUUCUAGAAGUCCAUAUAGUGAAGAUGAGCACCAAUGGCUCAGCUGUAGGAGUGACACUGAAAGUAAACUUUUGGACCUCACAGUGGAAAUGCACAAAUCUGACAUAAAAGAACAARGAAAAACUCCAAUAAAUAAUGUUCCACAUGGUCAAAAUAAAACAUAUUAAAAAUGAAAAUUAUAAAUGUAUGGUGUAGAUAGCAUACUUGUAAUUCUAUUUUUUUCUGUAGCAAAAGACAUGAUUGUUCCUUUGCUAGUUUUAAAUAAAACAAACAAUUAUGUUUUAUAUUUUCAAAUAUUCUUAUYCUUUGUUCUCUUACCAUGAUAUCUUACAUUGGGMCGUACCUUUUACAAAAAUGUUUAGCUUUGCACACAUGGGGGUGUAGAUAAUAAAACUAGAUUAUAAAAUGAGAUGAAAGUAGGACAGAUAUAUUCUGUGUGCACAAUGAUAAGUCAAGUAAUAGGGGGAUGCAAACUGCAGAGGACUUGAGAAUCAAGAGAAGCUACCAAUAACUACAUUUAUCUUGGAUUUCUAUUAUAUUCUAUAACCGCCACCUCAAGAGUCUCAAGUAUCCCUCAAGARYUUGAGGGAUACUGCUACCUACAUGGAGGAUGUAGGAAGAAAAAUGUMCAGUGAAGAAAAACAGUCCGCCAUGUUGGAUUAACUGAGGUAUAAGAUGCUCGGAGACAUGGUCGAGGUAAGGAAGGCUAAAACCUGAACAUCACAGAACAAGAAAAAUAAUCUGACUGUGCCAAGAAAUAUCUGAAGACAGAUUUUUCAGAGGUUUUAUCGCUUGAUGAAAUGAGAGUGACCUGAUGGGCCUGGUGGAUGGACAUGUGGAUCAGUAAUGGGUGCAGAGCUCCAAGUCAGAUGUUAAGGUGGAGCUCAUUAUUAAGGAUGAGCUAGCUGGAUCUUUUCGGGUUGAAGAUGGGCUCAAAAUCGACUCCCAAAGAUGCACCACUUUUUUUGUUUUUUUUUAAGACACCUUCUUCAGGCAGCAGUACAGGAAGAAGUCUACAUCUUUCAAAACGACAAUGAUUUUCAUGCAGGAUAAAGGCUCGCCAGAAAAGGUGUUAAAAGAUGGAAAAAACUGCUGACGGAUACAGAUGUUCCUCACCUGAACUGUGGGCAGUUAAACAGGAAAUGUACGGUGAAGAAAAACAGUCUGCCAUGUUGGAUUAACCGAGAACACUGUAUGAAUGAAUACUGUAUGCUGAUUAAUAAAAACAAGGUUUGCCUGAUAAUUGUGAA